AUGUCACAGACACUCGGAGAAGACCCAGUGAUUGGCGUGGAAAGUGGUACAAAGGCGGAACAAUUAGCCUGUUUGGGCGGAUCAACAUCCGGUGCAACUCCAGAAUCUUUUCGUUCAACGGGCGAUUCAACGGCCGGUCUCGAUGAAGCUGACAAACACGGUGGAUCAGGGCAAACAACACAUGAAGCUCAAUCGGGUACGGUCACAUCGGGCAAUGCAGGAACGAGCGACAAGUCGAAAUAA